ACCCGAACCAGGAGCUCGGCGCGUGGGUGCGUGUGUGUGUGUCCGUUACAAGCAGGAUCUCCGAGGGUGCGUGUGCUGUUGACUUCCUCACCAUGUUUUUUAAAGAUGCGCCGUCUGUUUGCGAAUGUUGCAGAACACUGGUAGAGGACUGAUAGCCUUGCUGUUAAUACUGCUGGAGUGGACUCAUCCUAGCCUGCCAACCCCCCUCAGACCCAUCUGUGACCUGAGAGUACUGAAUGGAUUCAUCAAGGAAGCACGAGACGCCGAAGUCGCUAUGAAGUCGUGUAGGGAAGAAUGCAGUUUGACAGCGUCCGUCACUGUUCCACAAACCAAGGUGGACUUCGAAGUGUGGGAGACAAAAAAGGCCGACGAGCGAUCGCAGGAGGUGCAAACUGGAUUAUGGCUUCUUCAGCGUGCGCUCACUUUGUUACGGACGUCCAUCACCAACACCGAGCUACACAGCCACGUAGACAACUCCAUCACCAACCUACAGAGCAUCAACGCCGUGCUGAACAGCCUCAACAUCCAGGACUACACUCCGCCGGACAGCAUCACAGACUUGGAUGGGACUUGGAGCGUCACCAGUGCAGCCGAGUUGCUUGAAGUCCAUGUCAACUUCUUGCGUGGAAAACUUCGCCUCCUUAUGCAGGGCGCACAGGCCUGUCAGCCAGAUGCCCACAGCCCAGCUGGGUGAACUCUGUCAUGAACCUGAACUUGUCCGGGCUCAUCUUGGAUGCCUGGACUCUGACCAAACUGAGGCACUGCUUUAGCACUUUCUGUGUGUUUGAAUUAGAGUGUGUGUGCGUGUGUGUGUGUGCAUGAGUGGGAUUGUGUGUAUGGAAUCUGGGAAUCGUCUCACGUUUUCCACUUUAGUCACUGGAACUUUUGUAGAUUUUUUCUAAGUGAAUUUCUAAUAUAUAUAUAUAUUUGAAAAUAUUUAUACAGAUUUUCUACUUUACAACUUUUUAUUUCAGUGUUUGCUGCUGCCCCCUCUCCCAAACAAAACACCCCCAACUUCACUUUUUUUGUUGUUUCUUCCUGCGUAAUAACAGUCAGGAUGGUCACGUGAGCGGCUGCUUCAUCUCCAGCGCCACACUUGAGGAGAGGGACGCAAUCACGGCAGCUCGUGAGAGGAACAUCCUGUGACGCGGAUGGAGGCGCUGCCUCCUCUGGGAACCUUGCACAUGUUGAUUUCCUCCGUCGAGCUGUCUUCCGUAUUUCUACUUGGAGAUAAUUGUCAAUUGUAGUUGUGACCAGACAUGGUGAUUGUGAAGGAUGUUUGCGCACUGUAAAAACUACAAAAGCGAAAAUGUUUUGUUGGAUAAAGAAAACUGUUGAGACCCAAACAAAUGGGUUUUUUUUGUUUGUUUGUUUGUUUUAUCCGCAAUCUUGUUAAGGAAAGCAGAUCAGUGGAGAUAAGUGAUGCAAUGACUCAUUCACCGAUUCCCAUAGUACCUACUACGUCACAUGGCAUGUGAGGAUUUGACAGAGACAUUACAUCAAGGCCUCAUUUAUGAGAACCAAACGUAUUACAGAAUAUUUCAUUGCUUGUUAGUUAUUUGAUUAUCUUAAAAUCAAGGUGAGGGUCCAACCUGCAUGCUAGGCCCCACACGAAUCAACAUGGAUCUCUACUACCAUCUGGUGGACGUGAAACACAAGUGCAGGGCAGAGAGAGUUUCAAUGUUUAAUACUGACCCGGGACAAAAG